AUGUCGACUCUGGCAGAUGAGCUGUUGCAGGACUUCGAAGAUUCUGGUUCUGAGAAUGGUGAGCAACAAGACGACGGCCUACUCGCCGACGAAGAUGGCUCACAUGCACCGAACCCCCCAACCUUACACGCAAAUGGCGAAAGCAUGGAGCUCGACGGAGACGAAGAGGAUGUCGGAGAUGACGAAGAGAUGAGUGGUCUGAAUGAUACUGGCGUCGAUGUAGAAGAUGAGGAAGAGACCAAAGCCAAGGUGGAGAAAAUGGAGCUCGGCGGCGUUGACGAUGUUAGAAGUGUCGCAAAGCUCAUGAGAACUUUGGAACCAGUUUUAGAGAGAAUCGGCCACUUCCAAUCGUUACCACCAGAAAAACAAACUACGCAUGUCGGUUCUAUCGAGGACAACCCAGAAUACAAACUUCUCACGCAAUCUAAUACACUUUCGACCUCGAUAGAUACGGAGAUUAUGAUAGUCCAUAAAUAUAUACGCGAUCACUACUCAGUGCGGUUCCCCGAGCUGGAGACGUUGGUAACCAACCCGCUGGAUUACGCCAAGGUUGUUACGAUAAUUGGAAAUGGACCUAUGGAUGGUGAUAGCAUUAAGGCUCUUCAGACUUCGAAGGACAAUCGGUUGGGCGCUACUUUGCGAUCUGUACUAGAUGGCCCCUCAGUCAUGAUCGUGACAGUAGAGGCGACUACCACGAAAGGCAGGGAAAUGACGAAUGAAGAGCUAGACCGAGUGUUGCGAGCUUGCGACAUGACUCUCGCACUCGACAGGGCGAAGAAAACGUUGACGGAUUACGUCCAGUCUCGCAUGAACUUGUUUGCGCCUAAUUUGACGGCACUAAUCGGAUCCCUCACUGCAGCACAACUUCUCAAUUUUGCGGGUGGCCUGACUGGACUUGCAAAGACGCCAGCAUGUAAUCUACCGCCUCUUGGAUCGAAGAAACAGUCGGGUACAGGCUUUGCCACCAAUGUUGGAGUGCGACAACAAGGGUUCCUAUAUCAUUCGCCCAUCAUUAGAGGCAUCCCUAACGACUUGAAAAGACAAGCCAUGCGAAUCGUAUCAGCAAAGGUUGUUCUCGCGGCUCGUGUAGAUCGGGUACACAACAGUCCAGAUGGUUCUACUGGAGAGGAGCUCAAGGCAUCAUGUUUAGAACGUCUUGAGAAACUGACUGAACCACCCCCAAAUAAAGGUCAGCGGGCUUUGCCUGCACCAGACGACAAGCCAGCUCGUAAGCGGGGAGGCCGAAGAGCUCGCAAGGCCAAGGAAGCUACAGCCAUGACGGAUCUUCGUAAAGCUCAGAACAGGAUGAUUUUUGGUAAGGAAGAGAAGGAAGUCGGGUAUGGUACAGGCGAAGGCACGAAAGGACUCGGCAUGAUUGGCCAAGCCAAUGAAGGUCGGAUUCGGAAUCUCCAGGUCGAUCAACGCACAAAAGCCAGACUGAGCGCGAAGAAUAAAGGCUGGGGAGGGGCAACACCUGUUGGUGGAUCUGCCUCUUCACUUCGGGGUUUCGGUCAAGGUGCGAGCGCUGGUAUUGAUCUAAGAGGCAAAGGGCUUCGUGCUUCAGGCGUCGGCAGCACCGCUGGAGCGGGUGCGGGAACAGCUUCCAGCAUUGCGUUCACCCCUGUUCAGGGUCUGGAAUUGGUUGAUCCCAAAAUGCAGGCUGAAAUGAACAGGAAGCGGAAAGCUGAAGAAGAUAGAUGGUUUAAGGGUGGUACUUUUACUCAGGUUGGGGGAAGUAUGGGACCUCCACCACCACCGAGUAAAAAGGUUGAUACUGGGGCAGGAAAAAUGGCGCCUCCCCCAUUGCCUGCGCAGAAAAAGUGA